CCUGUCUCAGAAAUGGCCUCCCUUGUCUGUGUCUGCUAGCUACAUACGCACAUAUAAAGACCUCAUCUUUUUAUUGCUUGCCAUGUAUAUGUGUACACACAGGAAGCUGCUACGCACUCUUCUCAAAUGUCCCUUUCUCUUCCUUACUGCACCUUCACACAGAAAUCCUCUGGGGACAGUACCCCUUUUCCUGCUAGCUAUAUUAACACAUACCAACAUUCUUUGGUUGCUGGCCUCUGUGUUCCAACGUCACAUACAUCCUGUGUGCUUUCUUCUGUCUAUUGUUGGCUCCCGUCUGUAUUGGCUCUUAGACACCUUCCUCAUCUCCUUACGGAUACCCUCGCACUUCCUUGACCGUGAUAACGCACAUAAAUGCAGGCUUCCCUCUAUAGUUCCAGCUGCCACACUUAAUGGGAACAGUGACCCUUCUCUUUCUUACAGCCUUCCUCUCUAAAGCCACCCCGCCCAUUCCUGUGACUUUUACAUGCACAUAUACCCUCCCCUACAGAAAUCUCUGCAUUGCAGGAUUGCUGGCCCCCUAUUCACCUGUCUCUUUCCUGACAGACACUGGCACUCACGCAUACACAGUGAACUAUAUUUUCAAUUCUGUUCUAAAUUGUAUUAUUCCCCAAUAUAUGAAAUUCUCAGAAAAUGACCAGCCCCCCACAACAAGGUUUACUCUUCCCAUAAUUCCAUAGUAAACCUGCCUUCUAAGUAUUCAGUCACCUAGUGCCUCACCCCCACCCCCCUACAUACACUUUCUGUCUUAUUCUCCACACUCUGGUUUUCUUGCGAACCCAGUCUUAUAAUCAUUUUGCAAACAUUAAACAUGUGUUCCAGGUCCACACCAGUCACUGGAAUGCUACCUCAGGCCUUAGAAGACAGUGAAACUAAUUUUAAAGGGCCCCUAUCAGUCUGUUACCUGCCUCCUGAAGGAAAAAUAGAUCUCCUUGUUCUGUAGUUCUGAACUGGGAGCAAGAGCCUUUACACCUGCAGCCCAGCUCUGUUGGAAACUCUGAGUCAGAGCCAUGGGCCAGGGAUCUAGCAAGUCUGUUCGGCCCAAUCCAGCAGGAGGGUAUCAGUCAGGUACAGGCAGGAGUUAUGGAAGGAGGCAUGCUUAUGUCAGUUUCAGGCCAUCCAUGAGCCAGCAGGAAAGGAUUGCCAGCCAGAGAAGGACAACAUCCGAAGUCCCAAUGCACAGAUCAACUGCCAAUCAGAGCAAGAGGAGCCGGUCACCAUUUGCCAGCACACGUCGUCGCUGGGAUGACAACGAGGGCUCGGGAGCCAGCCUGGCUGUUGAGAAUGAGGAUUAUUCCAGUACUUCCAGGUGGAGGGAUGCUGCCGAUGCGGAGGGAGCUCAUGCCGAGGGCCUAGCCAGAAGAGGCCGAGGUGAGGCUGCCAGCAGCUCAUCUGAGCCAAGGUAUGCUGAAGGCCAGGAUGCCAGGAAUGAGCAAGCGAGGGCAGAUAAAGGGCCAAGACGGCGGCGAACCAUUGCAGACCGUGACUACUGGGCAUACACUGAUGAUUACUACCGCUACUACGAGGAAGAUUCUGACAGCGACAAAGAGUGGAUAGCUGCUCUGCGCAGGAAGUACCGAAGCCGGGAUCAACCACAGUCCUCCAGUGGAGAAAGCUGGGAGCCUCUGCCAGGGAAGGAAGAACAGGAACCUCAGCAAGCUGGAGCUGGGAGCCUCGCCAGUGCUGGCAGCAAUGGCAGUGGCUAUCCUGAAGAAGUACAGGAUCCAUCUCUUCAGGAAGAAGAGCAGGCCUCUCUGGAAGAAGGAGAAAUCCCUUGGCUCCGCUACAAUGAGAAUGAAAGCAGCAGCGAGGGUGAUAACGAGUCUACCCAUGAGCUGAUCCAGCCUGGGAUGUUCAUGCUAGAUGGAAACAACAACCUGGAAGAUGACUCCAGCGUCAGUGAAGACCUCGAAGUGGACUGGAGCCUAUUUGAUGGAUUUGCAGAUGGCUUGGGAGUAGCAGAAGCCAUUUCCUACGUGGAUCCUCAGUUCCUCACCUACAUGGCUCUCGAAGAGCGUCUGGCCCAGGCAAUGGAGACGGCCCUUGCACACUUGGAGUCUCUUGCUGUUGAUGUCGAAGUGGCUAACCCACCUGCAAGCAAGGAGAGCAUUGAUGCGCUUCCCGAGAUCUUGGUCACCGAAGAUCAUGGUGCAGUGGGCCAGGAAAUGUGCUGUCCUAUCUGCUGUAGCGAGUAUGUGAAGGGGGAGGUGGCAACUGAGCUGCCAUGCCACCACUUUUUCCACAAGCCAUGCGUGUCCAUCUGGCUUCAGAAGUCUGGCACCUGCCCAGUGUGCCGCUGCAUGUUCCCUCCCCCGCUCUAAAAGCCAAGGCUCAUAACAAUCAGCCUGGUAUGUUCCCUGUCUAAAACCCACAAUACUACAGGAGCCCUUGUUCAAAAUUUACCAGUGGCAAUGAAAUCAGUCAGUCAAUUAGACUAAAGUUGUUGAUUCCUUGUGAUUAUUUCCAUGUGAAAAUGAUUGUGUACAAUUACAUUUAAAAAUCAUCCUCUUGUUUAGAAGGUAGAAAAGGGAAAGUAAACUUUCUAAAUGCUACUUGAGAUUGCAGUAAGAAUAUACAUUUUCUAACCUGAAAGUUGAAACAAAUCAUACUUGUUCUGUAGACUGUGUCUCUCUUACCUGUUGACGUCAGGGUUAUCUGUUAAAUAUGUCAGAAAGACAAAAUUACUUUUGUUGCAUGUCAUGGGUUAAUGUUCCUGUAUUUGCAGUGGUGUAAAAGCUUAUUAAAAUUCUUCUUUUGCUUUGACACAGAGCAAUGGCAUCAUUUGGAUUUUGUCUGAAAUCGUGCUACCAGGUAACUCUAAAUUGAUCCCUUGCAUUUGCAACAAAAGUAUUGUGUUUCAGUGUUCUCACCUCUAGAAAACCUAGUUUUCACUAGAAAUGCUCAUCAGAACACCAAAAAAUGUCUUUAAUAGGAAUAAGGUGUAUAAUUGCUUGCUGUACAGAAAAGAUUGACUAAAGAGAAAAAGUGGGGGGAAAAAACCCACAGAGAAACAGUGGUACAAAAUGAAUCGAAAGUGUACGGGUGAGCAAGUUCAAAUCACCUUUGAGAAAAUAGAAACUGUCAGAAUGGGUGAAAAAUAAAAUAAAAUAAAAUAAUAAAAAAUAAA